AUGUCACGCGCGGCCGACAUACCAGACAACUUGAUGGGAAAAUGGCAGAGCGACCAGAACCGCAGCACCAGGGCCCCUCGUAGACCCAUGACGGCGUGCCAGACUUGCCGCGCGUCCAAGGUCAAGUGCGACGGGAAGCAGCGCUGCCGCCACUGCGCCCUGCGAGGCGUCGCCUGCGUCUAUACCAAUUCCAGAAACACGACUGCGAGAGCAAGUGGCGCGGUGCAAAAAGGUAGCCCAAAAGCGCACAUGUCGGCAGUGCCGGAUGAUGCACACCAGCAAAUGUGGCCCGCGCCGUUGCCGACCGCCAACACCAGGGAGAUGCACGGCGUGGAAAAUGCCGGCAGAAUGGCUUGGAACAGAGCUCCUUUCCUGAGCAGCGACCAAAAUAUAUACCUCCAUGUUCACGAGAGCCCCGGUAGCAUGGAGUCGCGACUGCACAGCGGACUGGGGAUCAUGGAACCACUGGCCGACUACAAUGCGCUGCUACCCGACUCCGACUUGCAACUGGACUUCUCCUGCUCCAUCAAUAGGAGAUGCUCUAUUGCCAUCUCAGAUUGUACUUCCGAUACACUCUACUCUAUGCAUCAAACCUCGGGUGCCGAACGCGCCGGGCACACGGACACGACUCGUCCAUCCUCGUCCGGCCCGCCCUCCCAAAGCCCCAGCGACGGCGUCUUCUUCUCAGCUCAUUGCCCCUGCCGCGAAGCGCUCUCGCGAAGCGUCGGAGAGAUCAACGACGCCUUGCUGUCCCACAAGACCACGAGCGACAUUUUCCACGUCACGUCGGCGUUUCUGCACACCUGUCGGGGCGUCCUGGACUGCAGCCUGUGCACCCUGCACGGCGCCGACCUUGUCUGCCUGGUGUCCUGCUUGCAGCAGACGGCGAGCUGCUUCCACUAUAUGGCCGCGACGACGGAUCCAAAGCACGAGGCCGUCAUCAGGCUGCGGCUGGCCGACACGGUGGUGCCCGUGACGGACCCGCGCAUGCGCCUGAUGGCCAUGACCACCCUCGUCCAGCACGCAGUGUAUAUACUCGACGCGAUUGGGCACAGCGCCCGGUGUAUUCUGCAUGCUUCCUCUCCGCCAACGCCGCUGGUUAUGUCCCAUGUUGGAUACCUGGAAAACACGAUUGGGGAUUUUCGGACGACUUUGGACUAUGUUGUCGCCGUGGCUGAACAAAAUGCGCGCCAGAGCAAUUAA